ACAAAUAAUGUAAAAAACAAAACAAAAUUUUGAACAAGUAAAUAAAUAAAAGAUAAACAAUAAAUAAUUUAUUCACUAAGUUACUUAUACUUAAUAAUUACGCUCGGUAUGUGAGCGAAAAAACAAUUGUGGAAAAAACGAAAAUUACAUAAACAUUAUUAUACCGGCAAUUACAUCUGACUAACGUAUGGAUGUUAUGGUGGUGUGUGAUUUUUUUUUUACUUUUUCUUUUAAUAAAAAUCAUAGUAAAAAUAAAAAUUGUGAAAAAUUCACAUAUAUACGGUUUGGCGUAUUAAUGGAAAUCGGAAGAGUCGCCUUGCGACAAAUGUCUGACACCUAUCAGACACUGCCUAAGAGACGUCACCACUUUAAUAAUAAUGGAAAGAUCGCAAACAUUUUGAACGUCUGCGUUGGUCCUCUUCCAUCUCCUCUUUUAGAUAAACGCACUGAAGGUUAAAAUUUCUAUAAGACUAGAUCUCUAAAACGUUCGAUUGUAUCCUAAGCGAUUGUAUUUCUUCUAUUCCCCACAUGAACGGACGGCCGAAGAAACAGGCGCGUCGUAUAAAGCCAAGUCUAGCCAUGUACUAAGUCCAAGUUUAACUUAGAAAUACUAAGUUUUCGAGAGAAAUAUUCUUCCCUCCAAUCGCUCAUUCUCUUUGCUUACUCUUACAAUCUGGCCUAGUCUUCCGCUCGAGUAGUCGAGUAAAGUAACAAUAUCGGUCGUGGUUUCAAAUCGCAAACGCGCUAUAUUGUUCAAUAGUGCCGACAACCCCCGAAUGCUAGUGCUCUAAGCCUUUAGUCUUUCAAGUUAUCUCUAAUAGUAAUACGCUUUCUAAAGCAUACUUCAUAUAUAGCGUUCGGUUCGAUUAGACUCCUAUUUCUGCUGGUUACAAACGUGUUGACCAAGUUACUAUAUUUGAUUAAGUUUCGGUAGCGGGCAUAAAAAAUGUAAAAAUUUCCGCUUUAUUAAAGCGUGGCAGUCAUACUUAUAACACAUAAAUCCAAAUUCAUUUAAAAAAUCAAUAACUGUUUCGAUGCAUGGAAAAAAUUCAUAUCAAACGGGUGAACAUAUAAGAAAAUAUUUAUAAAUUAAUGGAUUAAACAAUAUAAAAACCCCGGUAAAAAGAGACUGCAUUUCAAUAAAUGAUAAAUAAAUAUUAAUUUAAUUGUACUGACCUGCCCCAUAAUGAGAGAAUUUUGCAUUCAAUUGAUUGUUGAUCGAAAAUGAUUGAAGCAUUCGCUAAUCAUUUAAGCAGUCAUUUGGGCAGACAUUUAUUUUAUUGGGCCACAACGCACUGCAACGCUGAUACGGAUGGUUUACAAUUACGUAUCACGGAUUUUAUUAAUAAAUUCCAUGGGCCACUUGAGCGUGGUGUUCAAAUCUUGGAUCAUUUACUCACACUGGAGGAGGAAGAUUUUAAUGAUCAUUGGGGUAGCGCAUAUGCUCAUAAUUAUGAACCAGAAAUAGCCAAUGCUCAUUAUGGUAAUCAGGAACGACAGCAACAACAACGACAACAACAGCCGCCGCAAGAGCAAGAGCAUUAUUAUUACGACAAUAACAACGAAAAUCAAUCGCGUGUUAUUGUGAGAAACUUAAAUAUGGAAACUCUUAAUAAUAACAAUGGUUUGCUACUCUCACCGCCACAUAAUUCGAGCCAUCAACAGCAACAACAGCACUCAUCACGCAGCGGUGGUUCUGGUGGGGUCUCAACGGGCGGAAAUGAUAGAAGCAGCGCUGGCAUGGUUGGAACGUCAUCCGGUGGAGCAAGUGGAGAAAUCAAUAAUCUACAAAUAACACAACCGAUUAGUGCACCUGCUUCACCGUUAGCAUCGCCUGGUGCGAUAAGUAGUUCAACAUCAUUCUGUUUGCCGUCAAGUUCAAAUGCUUUAGCUGCUACCACUGGCAGCGGUUCUUAUGUAUGUUCGGGAGGAGCAGCAGGCAAUAUGUCUUAUGCAAAUUCAGGUGUGUCAAAUGCCAGCGAUACAGCCGAUCCCAAUUGGCAAGCAACCAAAGCUACAGUCUUGGAACGUAAUGCAGCCAUGUUUAACAAUGAGUUAAUGUCAGAUGUGAAAUUUAUAGUGGGUGGGGAUUUCGAUACGGUACAAACGAUACCAGCUCAUAAGUAUAUAUUAGCCACUGGCAGUUCGGUAUUUUAUGCCAUGUUUUAUGGCGGCCUGGCCGAAAAUAAACAAGAAAUUAAAGUACCCGAUGUGGAACCAACAGCCUUUUUAACACUAUUAAGAUAUUUAUAUUGUGAUGAAAUACAAUUGGAACCUGAUAAUAUUUUGGCCACUUUAUACGCGGCCAAAAAGUACAUAGUACCGCAUUUGGCACGAGCUUGUGUCAACUAUUUGGAAGUUAAGUUGACGGCAAAAAACGCUUGUCUACUUCUCAGUCAGUCGCGACUUUUCGAAGAGCCCGAACUGAUGCAGCGUUGCUGGGAAGUAAUCGACGCCCAAGCCGAAAUGGCCAUUAAAUCGGAAGAUUUUGUCGAUAUCGAUUUAAAAACAUUCGAAUCGAUUUUAUGGCGCGAAACUUUAAAUUGUAAAGAGAUUCAUCUCUUUGAAGCCGCCUUAAAUUGGGCUCAAAAUUGCUGCCAAAAAAUGGGUAUCGAUCAGACGGCUCAAAAUAUGCGCAAAGUACUCGGCCAGGCACUGCAUUUAAUACGUAUACCUACGAUGACCUUGGACGAGUUCGCCAACGGUGUAGCACAGACAGGUAUACUAACAUCCCAAGAAACAAUUGACAUGUUUUUGCAUUUUACCGCAAAAUCAAAACCGUCAUUAAACUUUCCUAUUAAGCCAAGGGCCGGUUUGAAAACGCAAGUCUGUCAUCGUUUUCAAUCAUGUGCUUAUCGCUCAAAUCAAUGGCGUUAUCGCGGCCGUUGUGAUAGUAUACAGUUUUCGGUGGAUAAGAGAAUUUUCAUAGUCGGUUUCGGUUUAUACGGUUCCUCGACUGGAGCUGCUACCUAUAAUGUUAAAAUUGAAUUAAAACGGUUAGGACGCACUUUGGCUGAAAACGAUACGAAAUUCUUUUCGGACGGUUCGAGCAAUACUUUCCAUGUAUUCUUUGAGAACCCAAUACAAAUCGAACCGGAAUGUUAUUACACAGCUUCGGUGAUAUUGGACGGUGUUGAGUUAUCAUUUUUCGGCCAAGAAGGCAUGUCUGAGGUGUGCAUGGGCAAUGUGACAUUUCAGUUCCAAUGCUCCUCGGAAAGUACUAAUGGAACUGGUGUACAAGGCGGGCAGAUACCAGAACUGAUAUUUUACGGACCGACAGCAAUAGCUUCAAUGAAUUCACCUCCUAAUUCAAUGUGCGCCAGUCCUGUGGGCGAUAUGGACGGUUGCAUUGGCAUUGGAAAUAAAAGUAAUCGCAAUUCCAGUGAAUUAUCUGGUAAUUGCGAUGACAUUUUAUCCGGGGGUGGUGGCGGUGGCGGCGACGCAGCAGCAGAAGCGGCAACCUCAACUAAUUGAAAUUAGUUUAUAAGUCAUUAACAACAACCAACAACACUUAACAACAAAAAAGACAUACAAAAGCAACACAUGGUUUUUCAUCAUUAUUAUUAUUAUUAUUAUUAAUUAAUACCUAAAUACUAUUAUAUAUUAAAAAUAGUUACGAAACAAAUACGAAAGACAGCAGUAACCGUAUAUACAAACACAAAAAUUAUUGCGGGCAUUAUUUUUGGAUUUUAUUGCUUGACGUUAUUAAGCGUGACAUCCAAAAAGAAAACAAAAUCUAUUAGAGAAAAUAUUGUAGGGAAAGUAGUCAUUUUUCUUAGUAGAUACAGGUACACACACACGCAUACACAUGAACACAAAUACGCAUGUGAAAAUGGUAAAUGUGGGAACAUAUAUAAUAGCAGUUAUAAUAGCAGUUAAAUACCAAGUUAAAGAAUUUUACAAAGUAUAUAUAGAUUUAUACAUAUAUAUAUAUUUAUACAUAUAUAUAUAUAUAUGUAUAUAUAUGUAUAUAUA